AUGACUGUUACUCUUGUGACACAGCCUGCUUCCAUGCACGCUUUCAAGAACUCUGACCUCGAUGAGGUUCACUCGUUGUCCAGCGAUUACAGCUACUCUCAGCCAGCAUUGGCCCACAACACUGGACUCUUUUCUUUUUCUUCUCAAACAGAACCAUCAGCGGACCUGUUGACAGGUUCGUCAUGGGCCACGACAGUAGAAGGACCACAGAACUUUCAAGAUUUCUCAGACAAUGGAUCCGCCCAUUCCGGAGAAGCCGAGGAGUUCAUUUUCACAUCUGGCCAUGCUACGCCCCGAGGAACCAGGGUGCCUUCCCAAGGAAACUGGUCCACAUCCAGGACUACCGCUUCUGUGACCCAAGGUGGACAAGCCAUGUCCAGGGUGAGCUCAAGCAGGUCUAGCGGCUCUUCGCUGUCACAAUCAUCACAUCUGUCCAACAUGGACUUCACAGGUAAUGCUUCCGCUCUUCAGACUGGAACCCAGACCGGUGCUACCUUGCAUGGGAUUGAUACUUGCCUCCUGGAUCCCACCGAUGGUAUUACGAACCAGAUGUACUGGCCCGGCUACUCCCUUGACGGUGGACUGAACGGUGAUGCCACCUUUUCUCUUCCCGAUGCCAACCCUCUGCAUGUCGUUCCCUCUCACAUGCAGCUUGGUCCUGAUGUUUCCCUGGUCGAGAACUCUCCUCCCAGCCCUUGGGACUGCUUUUCUAGCUCCAUCUCUCGAUCAUCUUCUCCCAACACUAUUGAGGAUUUGUGGUUCCCGAACCAGAGCCCAAACUCAUCUCCUGAGAUUCAGUGCCAGUCACCGAGGUACGUAGCCCCCAACCGCAUAGUGACCCCUGAUCCGGUUUCUUACCAAGUCGACUGUUCUAGCCUGGAUCGGAACCUCCCUUUGAUCUCUGAAGAUGCCAAUGGAAAGGCCAUGACCACUUUUGACGAGCUUCCUGCUGCCACCUCUGCCUUCACCGGUCCACGACGACAGAACAGCGAUGGUGAGUCAGCUCGGGACCAUGACCUAUACAAGAAGGCCGCUCCAUACGAGGAUGGACUUUAUCACUGCCCAUGGGAAGGACAACCAAGCUGCAACCACCGACCCGAGAAGCUAAAGUGCAACUAUGACAAAUUUGUGGACUCCCACUUGAAGCCCUACCGCUGUAAGGCUGAGUCGUGCGAGGGCGCCCGCUUCUCGUCGACUGCUUGCCUCCUCCGCCAUGAACGUGAGGCCCACGGACUCCAUGGUCAUGGCGACAAGCCUUUCCUCUGUGUUUAUGAGGGCUGUGAGCGCGCCGUUCCUGGAAAUGGAUUCCCUCGCCAGUGGAACUUGCGUGACCACAUGAAGCGUGUUCACAACGACCACGGAAGCUCCAGCGGCUCACCUACAACUGGAUCUGCUCAGCCUGCUAAGGGACGUAAGCGCAAGACUGAGACUGCCGAGGCUCAGACUUCCCACAGCCGCAAGGCGACUGUCAAGUCUAUGCCUCCUCCCCCGGAGCCCAAGGAGAACAUGACCCAGCCCCUUAUUGACCAGUGGAUGGAGCACCGCAAGGCUGUGGAGAGCCUCGUGCGAAACCUCAUCAAGCCUGAGGAUACCCAGAACCUCCAGCACAUUGGAACUCUCCAGAACCGUCUGGGUUCCAUGAUGAAGCUUACCAACGACCUCAAUGCCAUCAACAACCCAGGAAACACGCUGGUUGGCACUGGCUGA